GCAGCUCAUGGAACCACUGGGAAAGGGUCUGGGAAAGACAGGGAGGAGCCCGUUGGACUUCAACGUAGGUCAAAGAGAGCCUGAAGAACCAAGGAACAAGAAUGUGAGCCAGCAGAAAAUGCAGAAUCCAUGCACUGAGUGUGGAAACAGCUUUGAGGAAGAUUCCAGCAUCAUUAACCACCAGUGCAUGCGCUCAGCAAUGAGCGCAAACAAGUGCUCCAAUUGUGGGAAGAGCUUCAAAUGGAGAUCCCACCUCAUUGUCCACCAGCGUAUCCAUACAGGAGAGAGACCCUACAGGUGCUCUGAGUGUGGGAAGAGCUUUACAAGCCAUUCUGGUUUGAUGAGGCACCAGCGCAUCCACACAGGGGAGAGACCUUACAAAUGUCCUGAGUGUGAGAAAAGCUUUAUAAGAAGUUGUUCUUUGAAGUUGCACCUCCGCAUCCACACAGGUGAAAAACCCUACAAGUGCUCUGAGUGUGGGACGAGCUUCACAAUGAGUUCUGAUUUAAAGAUACACCAGCGCAUCCAUACAGGGGAGAGACCUUACAAAUGUCCUGAGUGUGAGAAGAGCUUCAAAAGCAGUUCUGAAUUGAAGUCGCACCAUCGCAUCCACACAGGUGAAAAACCCUACAAGUGCUCUGAGUGUGGGAGGAGCUUCAAAAGCCGUUCCCACAUAACCUACCACCAGCGCAUCCACACAGGAGAGAGACCCUAUAAGUGUCCCGUGUGUGGGAAGAGCUUCAAAAGCGGUUGUGAAUUAAAACGCCACCAGUGCGUCCACACAGGGGAGAGACCCUAUAAAUGUCCUAUGUGUGAGAAGAGCUUCACAAGAAGGUCUAAUCUCAACACCCACAAGCACAUCCACAGUGCAUUCAGGCUGUAGAAGAAUCACAAGGUACGGAGAACCUUCAAAAGCAGUUCCAGCCUCAUUACCUACCACCACAGCCACACAAGAUACAGAGCCUGCA